GUCUGGGUCUCGGAAAUUGGGGAAGUCCUUUGCGCACAGCUGGGGCUCUGUCGUCGCCGAGGUCAGUGCCACCGGAUGGCCUCCAUCCCGGGGCUCCGGGGGUUACGACGCGUGGCUUUUCUCCUCGGGGUUUUCCCGAGAGCGAACGCUCAGUGGCUCGUGGCGUGUUGUCUGAGUUGAGUCCAGGACUCUCAGGCUUUGGUCCCUUACCUUUCCUGAAGCCAACUGCACGAGGGGACCGUGUCCCAAGCGGGGCUGAAACCCGGAGAUGGCCAGAGCCACCUGUUAAACCGGGAUCCUGCGCGAAUCUUUCCGCAGGUUUUCCGUGCCUGCACCGGUUCCCCGCAGAAGACCUCCUUCCCUGCCUCAGAAUGGGACCCUGGCUUCUACCCUGUUUCCUGUGAGCUAGCUAGUGCCAGCUUUGUGUGGGGAUGCCUGGGAACCAGCAGAAACCGGAGUCUCUGGAGAUGGACUCCGACAUGUCGCCCAGCUGCGGGCUCAGUGACGUGAGCAGAGGUGGCAGUCUGGAGAGCCGGUGCAGCAGUUCUCGGUCCAGAAGCUUCACCAUGGAUGACGAGAGCCUGAAGCACCUCACGCACGAGGAGAAGGAUGUCAUCCUGUUCUUUGAAGAGACUCUCGAUGCCCUGGAAUACGACGACGACCUGGACGAGCCGGCCCUGUGUGACAGUGGCAUUCACUGCCACUCUCCACAGUCUGUGGAAGAGAGCCCUUCCAGCCACUCUGAGCCCGAAGAUGUCAUCGAUUUAGUACAACCAGCACCUGCGACCAGGGACACGGAGAGCCUUCCAGAUGUUCCUCAAGUCGCAGAGGCCCAAUCUGUUGCAAAACAGGACUUUCUUGAAGAUAGGAAACCAGCUGCUGAGAAUUCCCUUCCACCACUAGACUCCAGGGGUCCUGAGGCGUUUCCUCUGCAGCCUUCCCUGCCUGUCUCUGCUCCAUCUGCCCCAAAAAAGGAGCUGAUGCCCCCCUCUCCUCCAGCAGAGCAUCCCAAACUGCCCCGUUCCGUGCCCACUCCUCUGGUGAUUGCUCAGAAAAUUUCCGAGAAGUUGGUGGGAAAUGAAGCUCUGUCUCCCGUAUCUCCCUCAAAAGAAGGCAGGCCUGGGGAAUGGAGGACACCGACUUCUCUAGCCUCUCGAAACGGGGACCAUGUUGGCGUGUGGCACCGACACAUGGCCCAGCCGGCACCCAAGGUCCAUCGCUUCCCCAGCAACAUAAGCGUGACCAACAGCGCAGGCAAGGACUUCAACAAGACCAUCUCCAAAGCGGCUGUCAAUGUUCAGGAGCGCAAGGCCCAGGUCCUGGCCAACAUCAACGGCAUGUCCUUCAUCGCUGCGGGCGACACAUCAUCCGAAGAGCGGUGGCAGAAGGCGGAGGAGCAGAGGAGUAGCUCUGCGGAUGGGGCACGCACCCUGGGCAGAGCGGGCAUGGCCGGCGAGCCUGGGACGCUGCGUGCUGGAGUCCCGGCCAGGGCGCAGCAGUCCCGGGCUGUGCAGACGGAGCAGCCUCCGGCGCUGGCCAACGGCUUCCAAAGCGUGCACGAGGCCCUGCGCAGCGAGCCCAGCUCCUUUGUCCCCACCAGCAAGACCAUCACCUUCCGGCCAGACCCCGCAGCGACAGGCAAGCUGGCGCGCCAGAACGCCAGCCGCAGCCUAUACGAACCGCGCACAGAGGGCAGCCAGGAUGCCCGCAAGCGCACAGGCUCGCUCCCCCGGGCCGUGGGCUUCCGGCCGCAGGGCAUCACAGUGCAAUUCUCCGGCCGGGGCUCCACCGAGGAAGCCAGGCGCGAGGCUCUGCGCAAACUCGGGCUACUGAAGGAGAACUUGUGAGAGCCAUGGGUGGGAUGUGUUUGUCCGCACUGGGGUGUCCCGUUCUGUAAGCACAGCAGUUGGGUGGCACGAAGUGCUGCAUUUCAGGAAAGAAGCUUCUGCCUCAAUCCCAGUGCGGUGUGGAGCCAAGAGGCCAGCAGGGCAAGGACAUCUCUACCACCCUCUCCACGCCAUUUCCUUUUCCGGAGUCCCGUAAUAACAUUAGGACCUAUGGGCGUCCAUGACUGCAGAUGGCCCAUGACUUACAUUUGGGAGGACCUCCUUGGCUUGACUUGGUCCAGACGCUCUUUUAUCCCAUGGGCAGGACUUGAAAGCCAUGUGGCGCUCUGAUCCUCAGGAUUCCCUCUCCUCUUCGAAAAUAAAGACAAAAGAAAUGCUUGUUAAAUUUUUGUAUAGUAUCAAUAUACACUUUGAGGUCUAGUUGCGUGUUUGUUUUUGAAGGGUGGAAGAUGGCGCCUUACCGAUCAGGGUUUGCUUCUUGACAUAAUUUUGUUUGCCCCAUUUUCUUAACUGAAAAUCUAAAUGAACCCGUUAGGGUUUGAUUUACUGUAAUUUUGGAUUGUGAGAGUUAAAAAUGAGGUCGAGUUUGGGAAAGGUGGUAAUUUUGAGAAAUUUGAGUCUCAUUUGACUCCCUAAAAUCCAGUCCUGAGAUGUGUGUAUGAGCCUGCCGUGUAUAGACACAGACCUAUGCUAACGUCCGCGUGAGCUUGAGGAGUGUGCACAUUCGUUAUUACUUAAGUAUCGACUUCUGAAGCCACCACUAUCUAACUACAGGAUACGAGCGCUUCCUUUUCUCUAACAGACACCUCAGCUUUGUGAUGAGACACUCAGAAUUCUUCCUAUUAUGGAAGUCAGCUAAGGAUACAUGAGCCCCGAGGACUUUUUCCGUCUCAGUGUGCUCUGUUCCCAAUUAAAGCAAUAUUUCCUGAUUUCAGAUAAGUAAGAUAGUUCCUGGUUUUACUUAACAUUUGUUAGAAUUUAAAGAAAAAUUGAAAUCUUUGUCACCUCACUAGUUGUGUAUGACAAGGUAGCUAGAAAAGGAAAGAAAAUGAUCUGAUUGGCUGUGUUCCAUGAGCAGUGUCCGGGUUGAUUCGAAGGAAAACACUAGACUCAGUUAUGUAGCACAAAGUUUUCUCCCAGAUUUUGUCUGUACCGAGGUGUGGUCACAGUGUUAUUAUCAAAACCAUUUAAGGCUGGAGUCUCAAACUUCUAAAAUUAGCUGGGGAAGGGCUGGUCUGAGAGCCACACCCUUCUGCCUGUGGGUCCCGGAAGCAGCCAAUCGCUUUGCCUGGAGACUUUUGCCAUCAAGUAUUCCUGAGACUCCGACUUCUAAAAGAGCUAUUGAAGGGCACAUUUCACAGUGCCCCACAGCUUGUAAGUUACACAAAGUGAUUGAUUAGGACACAUUCAUGGUACCCCACUUAGCUUGUAAGUUACACACGGCGAAUGACUAGGUUUUCUUUCUUUGGAACCAAGGUCUAACAACUCGCUGAGCUCUUGUCCUCCCAAAGUCAUCUCGAACAUCUUAAAAUCUUAAUUUAGGAGGGGCUUUAGGCUUUUUCAAGUAUGUUUAAUUAAUUUGGUUCUUACUUAUGAUGGAUUUGCUGAGAGGAGCCAGGAGAUGCCACACACAGUGUUUAAUAACUGAAGGUCUCGAUACAGCUGUUAUACAUUCUUUAUAGACGAUUGUUUCUUUUCAUCUUUUUCUAAGAUCUUAUUGUGAGUAGAAUGAGUUUGACUGUAUAUUAAUAUAUUCUCAUAAUUACUUUUGAAAAACAAAAUUCUAUCUUAUCUAUAAGCUACUGUAUUACUAUAUACAUGAUAUUAGUUCCUCUUAAAGGGUUAUAUCUUUUUCUAUUAUUUAUUCGUAUUUUCUCUCUAUUUAAUCUAUAAUGAUAUUACUGUUAUUUAGUUGUUACUUAUGCCCAAACUCCUAAUUAAAGUCCCCUUGAUGUGACUGAUAAGAAUGUGUCUUGUCUACUGAAAAGCAGUAGUUUCCAUGCUGUGGCUAUCUGAGAUGACAUUCUUAAAUGAUAUCCAGUUCCCAGUACUGACAGACCGUAUUUCUUUUUUGUUUUUAAAAAAGAUUUAUUUAUUAUAUCUGAGUACACUGUCACUGUCUUCAGACAUCCCAGAAGAAGGCAUCAGAUCUCAUUGUGGGUGGUUGUGAGCCACCAUGUGGUUGCUGGGAUUUGAACUCAGGACCUCUGGAAGAGCAGUCAUUGCUUUUAACCACUGAGCCAUCUCUCCAGCCCAGUUGUACUUCAAAGCAAGAUUGGAAUGAAAAGGAAAGGUGGAGCCUGAGGGUCUCAGUGUCUCUUCAGGUGACAUUUAUAAACAGCUCUUCAUUCUUAGGAAACUCUAUCAUACUAUGUAAAAGUCAGAAAAGCAGCCGGAGCAGUGGUAACGCACGCCUGUAAUCCCAGCACUCUGGGAGGAAGAGGCAGGUGGAUUUCUGAGUUCAAGGCCAGCCUGGUCUACAGAGUGAGUUCCAGGACAGCCAGGGCUACACAGAGAAACCCUGUCUCGAAAAACCAAAUCCAAAAAAAAAAAA